AUGGUAGGCUUGACAACCGAUGGCGCUCCAGCUAUGGUGGGUAGUGAUAAGGGUCCCGUGGAGUUAUGUCGUAAAGAUGAAAGUUUUCUGCAAUUCCUCUGUUACCACUUUAUUAUCCAUCAGCAAGCGUUAUGUGGACAUUUUCUAAAACUAAACAACGUUAUGAAAUUGGUAGUAAAAAUUGUGAAGAUUAGAGCUCGAGCAUUACAAAGAAGAUUAUUCAAAACCUUGGCCGAUGAUAUUGACUGUCAAUACGUGGAACUACUUCUUCACUCUGAUGGUUUAGUAGGGCACGAGUGCUGA